UCCACAAGCUUCGGCUUCCGUUCCAUGGAAUAAUACUGUAACUCCCAUCAUUUGCGACAUGCGUGCUCUCUCUUCUCAGAUAGCAACGAGUAACAAUUUGAACCCCGCUUUUCUGACUGACACGUGGCUUGCGUUCACGUCAGCUUUUUGUCCGAUUAAGGAAAGCCACGAGUCAGUCAGACCAAGUGGAAUCAACGAGCAACGAGUGAACAGUUCGAACCCCUUCUUUCUCGAGUUAAAUCUACAUCUGUCCGUCUGUUCGAAUGCUGCCUGCAUGCACAUCGUGAGUGUCGAAUAAGUCCAGUUGCGUUGUGUUGCCAGGAGCAGAGAAGAGGGCAGUGAGUGGAGGGCCCAUUUGUGGAGACCAGUGUCCCUACAGGCUGUAAUUGGGGUCAGAUACAUUGAGCCCAUUUGUGGAGACCAGCGGCCGCGUUGGCAAAGCUGAAAUGUGUGAAGGCAUAUUCACACUUGUUUGUUUGUUUUUUCAACUGGUUCCGGACGUUUCGUGGUCAUGAUAUUCACAGGAUCCCCCCUGACCGUAACUUGCGUUCAGAUUCACUCAGCAAGUCCUGGUGUGAGUACUGUCUAGAACGUCCACAGAUGCAGUCCCGAAAUCUGAAGCAGCGCUCCAUGCAGUCUGUCCCACAUGCCUCUGUCUACCUGUCAUUGUUCGCAGACGUCAGUUAGGUCCACAGGUACCCGGUCAGUUUGGUGAAGAUUCACGGGAUCCGCGGGCAAAACUUUGCCGAACCUUCGCCAUGCGAGUUGGAGAAGGAAGCAUCAGCGGAUGACAAGGCACAAAAAUAGCUCUUUUUUUUAUUGUUUUUAAUUCGAAAAGUAUUUUUUGGUCGUGAGCAGAGACCCGGAGUUGAAGAGGUUGCUGCUUAUGUUCUCUCAGAGGGGGGUGGGGCAGGGGGUCGUGUCAUUGGCAACGUAGAAUGCGCAGUUUGUUCAGGCCCCGAUUCUUUCGCUUUUCUCUCUACCUACCUGCAUAAGCUGUGGGCUCAGGAACAACUCGCAGCUACACAUAAGGACUUGUUAAGGAGUAGGUAGGAUAGACAUCCAUCAGCCAUCAGGAUGUCGGGAGAAACUGGGAGGGAGAAAAACUGGGAAUGAGUAGUUGUGUGUGGAAGGGAGAGAGAGAUAAGAGGAGAGGAUAGAUAUGGACACAACCACAAGCAACACCACCAUCGGACUAGGACUUCCCGAGUGAAUCUGACCACAGUUACAGCCAAAGAGAAUCGAAAACAAUAAUUGCUCAGCAAAAAGAUCAAGGCACAAGAAUUCAACGUUGACGGAAGAGCGCGGUAGAGGGUGGGGGAUCGGGAUGGCGAACCGCGUGACGACGGGAGUCGGCGGGGAAAGGGAUGGGGACGGGAAUGAUAGAGGAGCUGGAGGAAGACGGCGGGAGAAGGCGGCGAUCGGGAGCAACAGGAUCGUGCAUGCUGCCAAGGGUAUGCUGUUGCCGUCGUGGCCGGGAUCCGUCCUCUUGUGGCACAGUUGUGUAGUAGUGCUCGCGUUUGUGCUAUGCAUCUGUGCCCGGACGACGUGUGCACAGUUUCCAGGGGGUGGUAUCGCAAUGCCUUCUGCCCCUGCUACCCCUGCUACCCCUUCUAUGCCUUCUAUGCCAGUUGCGCCUCCGGUCAUGCAACCAAUUCAAGCCAGGGACUGGAACAUGCUGUUGGGCACGCGCUGGACGGAGUGGCCACCUUUCAUGGACUUGACCAAGGCGGGGCUGGAGUACCUCCAGGGUGAUUUGAAUACGCAGUUCGCGCAGUCGUCCGCGGAUAUAGAGAGCAGGCUUGGGAACGGGAGCACGACGUUUCUGGUGAGGUACUUGGAGAGCAUGGCCGACAUCGCCUAUUACCUCAUGCAGAAUGUGACCGGAGGCCAAGCGUUCAUAACUCCAGCGGCCGGCUGCUGCGGCGGCGAAUACGGCCAUUUCUUCGUGUACACAUCGUUGUACACAAUGAAUAUCAUGAGGACAAAUCUGUCGAGCGCAUUUGUGGCGGUGCAAGCGCUGCCAUGGUUUGUGAAGAUUGAGCCAGCGCUGCUUGGAAAGACUCUGGAUGACGCCGCCCCUUCGCCGUCGGGGGACGCGCCGAGCAACAUACUAACAGAGCCUUUCAAGCUGAAGGUGGUACUGGCACCGGGGUCUUCGGCUUCUGUACAGGAGAGUGGCAAUUAUGGCAUGCAGAUUGCGCUUACCCUGCCAAUAAAACCUCUCACGUAUCAAGUUCUCAGCCCGGAAGUGAUUUUAUUCGGUUCGAUGACGAAAACAAUCGUCCAGGCGGUCGUCAAAUCGAUUGCGGAGCGACCGGAGGUCUUGUACAUUAUGCCAGUCCUCAGCUAUGAAAAGCACAACCAGUGGGCGAAGGCUGUCAUUCAGAGUCCUGUGCCAUUCAACCUUACCCCGCUCUAUGAUCAGAACAUCACGGGGCAGAAUCAGAUAGUUGGGCUAUCGGACACGGGAAUCGACAUGCAACACUGUUUCUUUUCUGAUCCGGAACACGCGCUGCCAACCGCUGCACCGGAUAAUGUGCACAGGAAGGUGGUUCUGUAUAACACUGUGGUGGAUGCAAACGACACAGUCGGCGGGGAGUCGGGGGGGGGCCAUGGGACCUUUGUGGCUGGAGUGAUUGCCGGAGCGCCGCAGCCGCUGAGAGAAGGAAACUCCAACGAAAGAGAGGUGACGUUGCAGUUCUCGGGCGUUGCGCGGAGUGCAAAACUGGUGUUUUACGAUGUGGGUGAUGUGAAUGACGCUCUGUCGGGGUUGGAGGAGAAGACUCUGAAAGAGCUGUUGCUGGAUUCCAUAAAGAACAAAGCGCGCACCCAUGUGGUGCCUUUCGGCGUCCAGAACAGGAGCGUUUCGACCCAGCUGUACGACCUGGAUGCGAGGGAUGUGGACGAUGUGUCGUAUCGUAAUGAGAACUUUUUGGUGGUGGUUUCGGUUGGAAACGCAGGCGGCGACGGGCUGUACACGCUGGCAUCGCCGGCUGUGUCGAAGAAUGCGCUGGCUGUGGGUGCGUCGCUGAAUGCUGAGCAGGGCUUGCAGUUCUGCGGGGAGUAUUGUGGUCCUGUCUUCUGCCAAUGUGCAGACAAUUCCACUAUCGGCCAGGUCGACCCCCUUUACUUAGCACACUUCUCCGGCAAAGGUCCCACCCUGGAUGGGCGAAUUAAGCCCGAUGUGGUCGCCCCAGGUAUGCACAUCUGGUCCGCCUUGUCAUCCAAUUCGCCGAACGAUGGUCAUUGCAAGCUUACUUCAUCGCAGGGGACAUCCACGGCUGCCGCCGUGAUUGGCGGGCUCGCUGCCCUUGUCCAGCAGUACUUCACCGAAGGCAGGUAUCCUACGGGAGAGAAAGACGGCACGCUCGCAUUUGAUCCCUCCGGCGCUCUUGUCAAAGCAUGCAUCAUACACGGAGCACGCGGACUGGUUGGCUUUAUGGAUGCACAGCUAGGUAACUCCUUCAAGAGGUUCCCGUCCCAGGUUUCCUACCCCAAUCAUUUUGAGGGAUGGGGAUUGGUCCGCGCGGACCGUUCCUUGUUGCUACCCCAAGUGCCGCAGUCGGUAAAUGAAAAUGCACCCCCCGCUAUGUUUAUAAAGUCUGGCCGGAAAGACGGUGCUGUCCUCCUCCCAGGCGAUGUGCACGAGUAUCACUUCGUGCUCUAUAAAGCGUCACCCUUCCGAGUCACCCUUGUCUGGAUGGACCCGCCCGCGGUCAUCGGUGCGCUGUCCCCCAUGGUUCACGACCUCGACCUCCUCCUGAUCGAUUCAAAGGGCAACGUUACGUACCCGAAUGGUCUAUCGUCCCCGGAUAGGCUUAACAACGUCGAGAGAAUCGUCAUCAGCCAGCCCGAUCUUUCUAGUGGCAAUUUCACGGUCAGGAUCAGUGCGGUCACGGUGUACCCGACCAUGCUGAACAACAAUGCUGGCCAGCCCUAUGCUCUCGUUGCGACUGGUAGCUUCUUCAAGCCAUUGCCUACUCCCAGCGUAGGUAAGGGACCAAGACAGCCCAGGCCCACCAGUGACUGCUUCCUCGGGAGCAAAACCACAAAUGUGAACGCGUCUUGUCCUCACCUUGCCGGCGACAACUUCAACAUCACCACUCUCCCAGUCUACUACCUCACUGCACCUCCGUCGAAAGUCCUUUACAUCAAUGAGACCAUUGCGGCUAUGGAGAUUGGUGGAACCGCUCUCUUCGGUGACGUGCAAUUGCAGUCGGACAAUGCUGCAACCACGACCACCAUCCUUAAGCAAGAUGAGAUCAUCAAGAUGAUUGGCAACAGAAGUAACUAUCUUUUGGGAACCGACCCGAACAGUAGCGGAAGGAGCAAUUUUUAUUCCUUCUGUGCAUCGCUGCUGGUCAUCGGAUUGCUGAUCGCCUCCUUCAUCCAGUCAUGCUAAGCUUUUCUUUUCCCUCCUGAUUGGAGAAGCAAACACCUCCGUCUCUCACUCCGCAUCCGUUUCAUUCGGUAAGUGUUAACCUCCAUCCUUCCUUCAAUCCCUGCCCCUCUGUCUCUCACUCUGCAUCGUCUUUCCCUUUAUUAAAGCCUAUAUUUAUAUUGGGUGGUGACGAUUGAUGGCGUGCUGCCACAUAUAUCUAUGUCGCCAGGCUGACUCAGGUGGGGCACCCAUUUGUAGCUGUUCUGUUCAGCUUUUUUUUUUUUUUUUUUUUUUUUUUUAAGAAUCCGCCUUCUCAGAGGUCGCACUUUUCAUUUACUACCUUCGUUCAAGUGUUUCUUUGAUUCUCAAAGCUGACUCAAAGUGUUUCUUGCAAUGCAUCUGGACCAGCUGGCAGCCUGGCAGACUUAAAUGUAUCUGAUCCGCUUUUCUCUCUCGCAUAAGGGUCUUACAUCAUCAACUAGAGCUAGGGUAUAUGCACACUAACACUAUUUUACUUAUUUCUGGACGGAAAUUUGUGGCCAGAUGCAUUGAGGCCUGGCCAUAACUGCGGCCAGAUACAUUUAAGUCAGUGCUAGAGUGAGUACACCCUCCGAUCUGAGAAUAGUCAUUUACAGUCUAUAGAUUUUUAGAAGGUAGAGUCGCAUUCACAAUU